CACUGGAAGUUUCAGCCUAUAAACCUGCCUGCUACUCUGACUUUGCCUCACUCCCUUCCACAAACUCCAUCAUGUUUACUUCCCGCUCCAUCAUGUUUGCGCUGCUAAGCUUCCUCACUGGCGCCAGUGCGUGUAUACAGUGCCCAUCUACAUUGCAGGUCGAUGGUAGUACCUCGUACCUAGGCGAGACCUCCAACUUAACCGACGAGGUCACAUAUUGCGAGUACAGCAAUGCCAAGUUGAUUGGCAGCGACUCAGCAGUGGCUUGUCGGUAUUACACCAAGACAGGCCAGAUUGAAGAUGGGUAUCAUUCUUGCCCGGCUACCGUCAGUGUGAAUGGUAAGUGCUGAACGUGAUGUGAAGAGGUAGGGGAGACGAGAUACCUAGUUGGAGGAGCAGUGGUCGUCUGCAGACAUCCGGGUGUACGCCAGUACUUAGACACCAUCUGUUGCGAGAAUUGCUAGAUAGUCUUGUUUUGUCUCAGCCAGUUGCAUCAUCCCAACCACCUAUUAGAAUACCCUCCCAAGUGAUGUGUAAGGCUUUACGAGUUUGACGGGGAAAUAAGUACAUAGA